UGUAGUUUGCAGGAGCCGCCUGGAGCAGGACGUGAAGUGAACUGCUCGCCUUGCUUCCUGCCUGGACGCCUUGUUCUGGUUUUAUGUUGAUACAAAACUCAACAUGGUCCAGCGAAACUAACCAGCUGCCCGGUGUCGUUGGAGAUCCGAGGCGCUCUCCGUGAUGCUUGCUCGCGUCGAGCAGUGAAGCGCAUUCCUGAAGGAGUCGAGGGCUGCCGUCUUCAGCUUGUGAGAAACCGGCCUGCUCACACCGUGCCGGUCAAGAUGGACGCCAGGUUUUCUUGCCCUCACUGGAACAGCUUGGGACAAAGAUGUGUGUUGCCAUGGUGAUCAUUUUCAAGAAAACACUGGAAAAAAAGGGCGCCGAUGAUGUAAAAUCCAAAAGUACAGAUUCGGGCCCGUUCCAGGCACAGACCAUGACCCAGGGGACUGCACUUUUCUCUUGUGGACUCAUGGAGUCGAGCCGGUGGCGUGCGUUGGGUCACAGCUGUGCCGUACAGCAGAGGCCGGUCGGGACCAGCCUGGAGAGCCUGUGGGACGUCCUGCCGGAGGUGCACAGGAGCUCCGCCCACUGGGAUUGGGACGCCGGCUCCACUUCGACCACGAUCACCAGCUUGUUGCGUGACCUCAGCCUGACCUCGGCCGAGGCCGCGGCCUCGCACUCCGCCGCGCCCCCCAGCAAGCGGCAGUGCCGCUCCCUGUCCUGCUCCGACGAGCCGGGCGGCUGCCGCUCCACCUGGCGCCCCCAGGGCUCUCGCGUGUGGACAGCGGUGGAGAAGAGGCGGUGCCACAGCGGCGGCAGCGUGCAGCGCGGCCGCGUGGCCAACGCGCCGCAGCUCGGCUUCCCGGCCGUGCAGCGCAGCGCCAGCUCCAGCCUGCCCUGCUUCAGCCGGCCGCUCCCCUCCGCCUCCUCCGUGCCGCUGUCCUCCGAGCCCUCGGCGCAGCCCCUCUACCUCUCUCACGAACACAUCUGCCUCCCCUCGCCGGCCAGCUCCCCCGACUCCACGCCCGAGCUGGAGCGCCGAGGCGGACAGGGAGGUCUCGCCCGGAGUCGCUCCCAGCCGGGCGCCCUCAACGACAAGAAGAUGGGCGUGAAGCGCAGGAGGCCGGCUGACGCACAGAAGCAGAGGCCUUCUUUGGACCUGGCCAAGAUGACCCAGAAACUUCGGAAUUUCCACAGCCUCAGCUGCCCUGGAAUCACAGGCGAAGAUGGCGGCGAGUCCAGCCAGGCCCCGCCCACUCUCGGGAGCACCGACGACGACCCAUCGGCGAACGAACGCGGCGGCCGGGAGGACGUUCGGCCUUGGACCAACGAGGGCGAGACCACCGGGAACGUGCCGCCAGACCCCACCAUCGAGGAGGCGGACUGGAUGCCAGGCACGACCAAUGGGAAGGACAACGAGCCUCUGUGGGCGGGGCUGUGUAGCAUGAGGAAGGACGUGUACCAACUCGGAGGCGAGCUCGACAUCGAGCAAAUCGAGAGGAACUGAGCCGGACUGUCUUCCUCUCGGGGGACGCUAAUUAAGGGGACUGAGCGUUCAUCGCCAGGUGGCACAGUAAACAGUACUGAUAGUCUUAAGGGCAAAGCAAGUGGAACGCUAAUGCAGGGAGCAUUCCAGCACUAGUUUUUUGUUGUUGUUUUUUUCUUCUAAAGGAGAGCUUGAGCAGGAGCUUUGUGGGCCAUUGUUGGAGGCUUUGUGCAGUCAGAAUCUCCUCCCACACUGUGCGUUAUCUCAACUGUGUCUCAGGAGAACAAGGACAGUUUCAGGGGGACAUGAUAGAACUGAUGAAUAUAAAAGUGAUAUAUUAAUGUUGGCUCAGAGACUGGGGUUUCACGUUUGUCGGCGCCCCCGAUUACCUUCGUUGUACUGCGUUCGGAGAGAAUUCUCAGCAGGUUUGUAUCAAUUCUCUGCGCGAGAAAGAGCGUCCGUUCUUCUUCAAGUACACGAGCACAUGGCGGAGAGAGGAAGACGACUUGGAGAGCUGCUGUUGGUGAAGCGCCCUCCGCACACGACCUGUAAAGUAUAUUAAAGAGCUUAACAUUUCACACGGUAACAUCAGGCUUCUCUCCGAGCUCCCGUCCGCGUGAGACAACCUUUGGGAUUCUAAUAGCGUUAAUAUUCUUUUUACAGUUUGUAACUACAAAGUUCUGUAAAACAUGAGCAUAUUUCUAUACAAAUAAAACACAGUUUUAAAUGUG